CAAAAAGGCUUGUCCGAAGGGUGUUCCGCAUGAAAUUGUCGCCGCUCGCGUCGAAAUAUGCACCCAUGAUCAUCUUUCCCAACAACACUUGUACACCAUCAUUCGUGCUUGGCAUCUGCGCGCUUCAGGCAGGUUUGCCAUCAAUCCGUACAAGCAUCCAACCUCCUCCGAUGGUUUGGCUGAAAAGUGCCUUCUGUAAAGAAGUGAUCGAAUCCGUUGUUGCCAGCUCGAAUUUCUUCCGGCAUAUCUUCUUUUCCCUCGACCUGCAAGGCCUAUAUACAGAAUCUUCAUUCCUCACAAAAUCUGCACCAUGUUGCUCAGCAAGAUCGGACUUCUUGUUAUCGGUCUGGCAGCAGCUGCUGUGGACGCUCUGCUCCCUCUCAAGCCUUCCGUAGAUUCGUUCUAUCAGCCGCAGCCAGGCUUCGAACGCCUCGCUCCAGGAACGAUUCUCAAGUCUCGGACCAUCGCCCCAGCUCUUCUGGGCUUGGCGCCUUUGCCCCUUCAAGGUUGGCAGCUUUUGUACUGCACCACCGCUCUCAAUGGCACGCCAAUUGCGACGGUGACAACCAUCUUCAAAAACCCGCUCGUUCCUGUGAUUACAGGCCGUUUCAUCUCCGUCCAGGCUCCAGAGGAUAGCUCGUUUGUCGACUGUGCGCCUUCGUACAACUACCAGCUGCUGGCCGAGCAGAAUAAUAUCCUCAUCGCCCUUGAUGCGCUGAGCUUCCAGUCCUACCUCGGACAGGGCUACAUCGUCUCCAGUCCUGACUAUGAGUCCUUCGACGCCGCGUUCGGCGCCGGCCGCCUCGCAGGUCGAGGAGUUCUCGACAGCAUGCGCGCCGUAAACAACUUCGCAUCUACCUUAGGACUCCAAAGCUCCAACAAUAGCAUUGUUGGAAUCGGAUACAGUGGAGGUGCUUUCGCUACGAGCUGGGCCGCCUCUCUUCAAACAGCUUACGCACCCGAGUUGAAGAUCAAGGGCUGGAGUUCGGGCGGUAUUCCUGCCAACCUCACCGGAACUGCACUCUUCCUCGACAACGCGACCGCAUCGGGCUUCAUUCCUGCUGUCCUUACCGGCCUCGCCAAGCCUAAUGCCUACGGUACCCUGCUGCGCCAGUUCCUUGACCGCAUCGCCACGCCUGCCGGUCGCGCCGUCUUGGACUUCACUCUCAGGAAUUGCGCGCCCGCCGAUCUGCUCAAUUUCUACAAAAAGUCCGUCAUCAGCAAGAACUUCCAAAUCCUUGGCGACCGUCUCUACUACACACCUCCCCUAUCAACCAUCCUCACUGACAACAUCCUCGGCCUCGAACCCGCUGAGGUACCCACCGCACCCGUGAACCUCUACCACGGGGUUUUGGACGAGGUCGUCCCUUACGCCAACGUCCCGACCCUGUUCAACAACUGGUGCCGCCAGGGCGGAAACGUUCGCUUCACGAGCUAUGCGCAGCUCAAUCACGGCGAUACUGGAUUGAAUGCCCGGGGUAUGGUGAGCCAAUUUGUUGAGCAGGCGUUUGCGGACCAGGUGCCGCCCGGGUGCAGCUCGAUUGUGGUGCAAUAGACUGGGACGGGAGCUACAUGGGUGUGUGCGUGUGCGUGGGCAGCAUGU